AUGACUGAUUAUAGUGCUUGGUAUUGGAAGUUUAUUCCUCAUUAUAGAGACGUGAAAGAUCCAGAUUUAUAUGAUGAAAAUGGUUCAGAGAUAAUUUAUGAUAUUCACAAUUCAAAAGACACACAACUUAUUGAAUACAGAGAUGAAUCAAAUAGAAAAUGGUAUAAAGUUUUCGAUGAAUAUGAAUAUCGUUUAAAUAAAUAUAAACGUCAAGAAAAAACUUGGUGGGGUUGGUUUGAUAAAAAUGCAACUGCACAAGAGAAAAAAUUCCUUACAAAAUUAGAUUUUAUGAUUGUUUUAUAUUCAAUUGCAGGUUUUUGGUCAAUGAAUUUAAAUCAAGCAAAUAUAAGUAAUGCAUAUGUAUCAGGGAUGAAAGAAGGUUUGAACAUGUAUGGUAAUGAAUUAUCAAAUUCAAAUGCAUUAUAUAAUGCAGGUUGUACCAUAUUCCAAUUAGUAUUUAUGUAUGUUUUCCCAAGAGUUCCAUUAAAUUAUUUAUUUUUAAUUGGGAAUUUAGGUUGGAGUAUUAUCACUCUAGCUUCUGCUCAUGUUCAAACUGCUCAACAAUUAUACGUUUCAAGAUUUUUUGUUGGAGCUUUUGAAAGUGGUUAUUUUAUUCUUGUUCAUUAUUUAUUUGGUUCUUGGUAUAAAGGUCUUGAGAUUAAUUAUCGUGGUGGUAUAUUUUAUUGUGGGUUAUAUUUAGGUGUGUUAACUUCAGGUUUAUUACAAGGUCAAAUUUAUGAAAGUUUAAAUAAUGUUUUAGGUCUCCCAGGAUGGAGAUGGAUGUUUAUUAUUGAUGGUGCUAUUACAAUACCAAUUGCUAUAUAUGGAUUUUAUGUUGUUCCAGGGACACCAGAAAAUUGUACUUCAUUAUUUUUAACAGAUGAAGAAAUUUUAUUAGCAAGAAGAAGAUUAAGAGAAGCAAAUAUAGUUUCACCAUCAAGAGAUCCACCACCAUUUCUUAAUUGGAAACUUUGGAAGAAAGUUAUAUCAAGUUGGCCAAUUUAUAUUUUGAUGGUUAUGGAUGGAUUAUUUUGGAAUGCUUCAGGUGCUGUUAAAAAUGCAGGUUUUGCUCUAUGGUUAAAAUCUUUGAAUAGAUAUUCUACACCUGAAUUAAAUAGAUUAACUUCAAUUCCACCAGCAUUAGCAAUUGCUUUCGUAUUAGCAGUUUGUUUCAGUGCAGAUAUUAUAAAAUCAAGAUCAAUUGCAAUAUUAUGGGGUACAACAAUUACAUUAACUACAAAUCUUAUUCUUGCCAUAUGGGAAGUUCCAGAAAGUGCUAAAUGGUAUUCAUUUUAUCUUUCAUAUUUUGGUUAUACAAUAAGUUCAGUUGUUUAUGGUUGGCUUAAUGAUAUAAUGAGACAUGAUCCACAAGAAAGAGCUAUUGUUCUUUGUGCUGCAAAUAUUUUUAGUCAACAAUCAACAGCUUGGUUAGUUCCAUUAACUUUCCCUACGGUUGAAGGACCUAGAUUUAAAAAAGGUUAUAUAUUUGCAACUGUUGUUGAUGUUGUUUUAUUAUUAUGGGUUUUGUUAACAUAUUUUUUUUAUAAAAGAGAAGAACGUAAAAAUGCAAAGAUAAAUGGUAUUGUUUUAUAUAAUUCAUCUAAAGGUGAUGUACCAUUAGAAGUUAGAGAACAUUUAGCUUCAAAAUCAGAUGAUAGUGAAUCUGAUGUUGUUGGUAGUCAAAUUAAUGAAAAUAAAGGUGAUUUUAAUGAAGAUAUAAAGGAAAUUAGAGAGGAGAAACUAUGA